AUGAUAGCGACUUUAGGAUCGUGCUUGACGUCGGAAGAAGUAAUAAGAGCAUGCCAUGUGCUUGAUUGCCUAGGGAUACCCCAGGUCAAGAUUGCCAGUCACAAAGUCAUCAUCAGAGACAAGUAUGAAACGCCGACCAGCAGCCUCGUCGUUGUUUCUUCGGGCGACAUGCAGGCUGCUAAUAGGUUCCGAAGGAGGGUUCUCAAGGAACUGACACAGCUAUCGCGGGAAUCUAAGUUGAUGGAUAGACUUGUGAUUCUGGGGAUAGAAUAUUUGGAGCACUGCUUCUCAUGCGGCAAAGGGAUUCCUGAUAUGGUUGAUCCCGGCUGCCGCAUGCAUUUAACUUCAACACUUUACGGGUGGAAUGUUGCGUAUGCAACAGAUGCCAACAGCGAUAAAGAGAUUGAGGAUGUAUGCAUGAUGGUCAAUGCCAUGGGAGGAGAUUAUCAGAACGAGAUCGAAGAAAAGACCAGGGUAAUCAUUCUAUCACCUUCAAUCUUGACUGCAGAGAAUAUGGAGAAGAGUAUACUGGGCACACGAUUGAUGAAUUGUGUAAACGGAGAUGCGGAGAUUUCAGUGGUUAACCUUUCCUGGUUGCAAAGUUGCUGGAAACUGCGCACAUUGCAAAAACCGUGGGAUCAUCGAUUCAGACUGCUGGAUGGGCAUACAAUAUGUUCAACAGGACAAGGGCCAAACGGAAAGCAGACUCUCAAAAGAGCGGCAGAAAUAUGCGGGGCGACAUGGUCGGAUCAUCUGGAUACUACAUGCACUGUCUUGAUCGCGACCAAUGCGCACGGAGACAAGUUUGAGUAUGCUCAACGCAAGAGGAUCCCUGUCGUCAAGGAGAGAUGGCUGUGGGAUUGUAUCAAGUUCUUUUGCGUCAAGCGGCUGGAUCACGAAGAAUACAAGCCCGACUCAAAUCGGAACGACGAAUUCAUUGUUGCAGUGACGUCUCAAUAUAUAGACACGGCAGAUAACAAAUCAGCAGCUCUCGCGUUUGACAGGAACAAACGUCCAGUUCGAAGCAACAUGAAGGGAUCGAGAAGUUUGCUAAAUGUUCAGGCGAGCAGUCUUUUGCUGAAUGAGUGGCCAACCAAAUGCAAACUUUCUGUGCGAUGGGCGGAUAAUCUUGAAUCCGUGCAUUCCUUUUCAGAAGAUCCGCUUGAUGGUCAGACAACAGAAGAUCCACUUGCCAAGAUUGAAACGAGCGACGUCAUGGGAUCCUAUGAUGCGGAUUCCUCAACGAAGAUUGCUGACAAAGAGUUGAAAUCAGCCCGAUCAAAGUGUGAAGUCAACAAUGCUGUACAGAACAACAAUCAUAAGCACACUUCUACCGUGGAUAACAAAGUCUUGUCGCGUCGGAAUCGGGGUGCUUUUCUCGCGCAGAUCUGUGGUCAAAAUGAGGUGCGCUCCGACAUGCGUACGUCUGUUGCGGCAGAUGUAACGGUUGCAGAGAACUUGAAUGAUGGAAACCGUAAGAGUGAGAGUGAACGUGAACCUUCAGCAGUCUGUCAGUCUGCGGGUGAAAGAAGGGCUUUGCAGGAGGAGGUUGUGGAUGAUCCUCCAAAAUUCACCUGCGACGACAGGGACGAUGAAAAUGCUCCUUCCUCAAUCGCUAUGAAAGAUGAAAUGUCGGAAGAGCUUCACUUGGAUGUGGAUGGCCAUGAUGUGGAGUACAGAGCUGAUGAUUCUAGAGGAAAACCCUUCAGUGGAGUUGAAUCAAGCCACCCCUCGCACCACAAGUGCAGGUCGCAGAGCAGAGACUCUGAAUUCGCAGCGCGACGAAUGGAGAGUGCAUUUGCUAUCUGCAGGAAACGUGACGUCACAGCCACAAUCAAAAUCGCAGAGCUCGAUGUCAAAUUACCCGGGCCUUCAAAUCCUGAGCGCCACAAAGUCAGACAACAUGAAGCAAAGGAACAGGAUUCAAUCUUAGAAAUCUCAAAAGCAGAGGAUGGAGUCGGCCAGCUGGGAGACGACAUGGCUUCCAGCACGCCCUCCAAGGACGAGGGGAGUGUCGGAGAGGGAGGCAUGAACCAGGAGGCAGAGGUGGUCGCGACCACGGCAGGAGGCAGACAAGACAAGGAAGAUACGGUCAACGAACAGGCAUUGGAGGAAGGAGCGACUACGGCAGGAGAGGCAUCAUGCGACGGACAGGCAGACGAAGAGGAUGUAAGGGAGGAGGUUUCAAGUCCACCAAAACGAUCCAAGAGAAGAUCGUACAGGGGCAGGAGCUCAGCGUACACAAGAAGCAGACGCGGGGCAAAUCAACCCAAGGAAGACGCUGAGGCUUGUGUAGAUCUGACGGGCUCUUGCUCAGACAUCCCUGAAACAGCAGAGGAUGGAGUCGGCCAGCUGGGAGACGACAUGGCUUCCAGCACGCCCUCCAAGGACGAGGGGAGUGUCGGAGAGGGAGGCAUGAACCAGGAGGCAGAGGUGGUCGCGACGGCAGUGGCGGUGGCGGCGAAGGAGGAUGUGAUGCAGCUAGGACAAGAGCAGGAAGGAGCGACGAUGGCAGGAUAUGGAGCAGAGGAGCUGGUGAGAUCUGAUGGACAAGAAUCAGAGGAGAGAGGAGGAAUGGCGGAUACUGCGGAGUCAGAGGAUGGGACAACGACGGCGGGAGUGGGAGCAGGGCAGGAGGUGGAGAAUGCGGAAGAGGGGAAGGAGGAGGGAGAGAGGAUGCUGGAACAGGAAGCAGCACCAGAGGAGGCGACGGGUAUAGGAGAGGGAUUGGAGGAGUUGACACAGGAGGGACAAGUAGUAGAGGAGGGAGGGUCGAUGGCGGAGGAGGGAGCCGGGCAAAGGGCUGAUGAUGCGGCUGCUGAGGAGAUGUCGAGCCCGCAGAAGCGAUUCAAGAGUUGCUCAUAUGCCAUGGCGAUCAUCUCGCAAGACUCAGCUGGCGGGUCUGCUGUACCGCCAGGUCCUGCGAGCGCUUCAGCUGUUGGCAGCUUGAAGGCCAGCAAGGGGACAAGUCGCAAGGCUCCAGCCAAGCCAGCUAGGGCCAACUAUGUGCUUCUCAAUACGCAGGUCAUUGGAUUUGAGAUGUUUCAACCGUUACAUGGCCGGAAGCCACGGACUUCGGUCGCACAACCGACGCAGUUGCAGCCGUUGACUUCAACUUUGACAUCGAAUUCCACUCAGCCGUCGAGCUCAGGCGGCUUGAACGUGCCGACUGCUGCCCAGCCCGCUGUGAAGAAACGCAGGAGGGCACGAAGAACUCCUCAGCUCCCGUCCCUGGCUGAGCCGCUGGAGGAGAAGGUGACGCCUGUCGGGUCUCGCUAUCAGACUUGCGCAACCCCAGACUCAAUCACUCCAGAGUUUCAUUUGGCUACUAACGCCCUUCGCCAACUCGAUUUCCCUGACGGGAUCUCAGGUGUAGCUAUGAAGCUUCAGUUCCCCGAGAUGUCUCCAGGAAUGCCAAACUCUCGCCAGCCGCUGCUAUCUUCAACUCCCCAACGCGGCCUCGGUGGUAUGUGCGACAUGUCAGGCUCUUUUGCUGGGCCGGCAGCUCAUACCCGAGAUGCACAUGGCAUCCAAACUCUGGCCCAGCCAUCCUUGACCCUCCAGCCAUCUCUCAGCUCUUCGAUGGCGUCUCAGCCUCUUUACCCUCCCCAGUCUGCCUUUCCAGCUCAAAGCCCUUUCUCAGCUCAGGCUCCUGUUCCUCCUCAAAAUUCUUUCUCAGCUCAGCCCACUUUUUCUUCGCAUUCUUCUUUCGGCUGCCAGUCUGAUCUUUCGGCUCAAUCAUUUUUCCCAACUCAGGCUGGUUUUCCUGCACAACAAGGGUUUGCUGGUUCAUCUACCCCUUUCCAGGCUCAGCAUCAGCCGACGUUCGCAACCUCCAACACAGUUUUCCAACCUCACAACCCCUUCCCAGCUCUGUCUCAAUCAGCCUUGGCGACUCCGGUCAACAAGCCCUUCACCUUCCAACCAGCUGCCGCCGAGUUCAUCAGCUCGCAAGAUCUUGUCUCGCCGCUAGCUCAGAGUGACUUCAACUUGCAGCAGGGACACUCGUACGGGUUCCCGUCCUACCCUGGGAGCUUGAUGGCCAGUCAGCAGAUGCCCUAUGGCUCCUUCGCCGCAGCUCCUCCGGUGGCCUCGCAGGACUGGAGCCAUGGCGGAGGAAUGACGAGCUGGGGGCAGAGCAUGGACGCGUUCAGGCAGGGAGGGGUUCAGCAGCAGCCCAGCUGUGUGAAUGGUUCUAGCAUCGGGUUUCUUCGUAGGGAGCCAAUGGGAUGGGGAUGA